AUAGCAUGUACAAACAGUUGGAGUGCGGCGGUCUCGUGCUAGAGUUAGCCAUUUGCAUAGGAGAAAAACAAUGGCAUCCCCCCAUCAGAAAGGUGUUCUUGAUAAUAACUUCAAAGUGAGCACCAAAGAUGGGAAGACGGAAGUGAUCACGCUCAACACCAAAGCGAUCACUAUAAUAUGGGGUGGCGAGAGCUGCGAGGGCCGCUACUGGCGGAGGACCACCAUCAACUCCUUUGAGGUCGCCGAGCUCGUGAGCGUCUACUGGCUCGAGGUCGCCGGCAGAGUUCCCCUCAGCAACUUCAGCCCAAGCACCACGUACGCAUUCGUCGUUACCCUCAAGCUCAAGCCAGAGGCCUCCGGUUGGGAGAACUCUCCGGUGAUAUUUAGUCUCAAAAUGCCGGGACAGGCCGUCUCGUCAAAACCUGUCAAACUGCAUCAAUAUAUGGGAUCUGACUGGGUUGAUGUUCCUGAAGGAGGGAUUCGGUUCACUGUACCCAAGAGCGCCUCUGGGGAGCUAGACUUUGCCAUAUAUGAAAUUAAGGGUGAUAAGUGGAAGAAAGGUCUGAUGAUUAAGGAAGUGAAAUUUAUCAAAGUGUGAACAUAUAUGUACACACACACACAUAGGGGGCAAUCUUCUUCUUGCACCAGUCUUCUCCUGGAUAAAAAAUAAGCAGAAGAUGCACCUACUUUUGUUUUCGAUCAUUUGAUCUAAAAUAGGAGCCAGGUCUCUGCUCCUGAAACUGGUUUGUGUAAUAGCAGGCAGACAAAAGGAAGCUGCAGUUGUCUUGCCGUAUUGGACUAAACUACUGUAUAAAGAUAGAUAAAAUACAUUUGUAGAUUAUAUUCCGGUCUCCAGAAGUGGACUUGUUCCUGACUGCAAUUAAGCAUUAAUCCACGCAUGGGGUUCGGGGGGCCUGGGGAAAAUUAUUAUCAUAGGCAUCAGGAAGCUUGAAGUCACUACAUUACUACAAUUCAGCUAAGAGAGUGAUUUAGUAAAUACUUUCUUCAGAUGUUGGGCAUGCAUCCGGCAUUCUCAAAGAAGAAGGAUGUGGGACAUCUGCAGACUGAAAAAUUUGUUUACCAAUUAUUUAGUAAGGUUCAUUUAACAAAAAUUUCCAAUAAAUCUGCUACAACAACAUGCUUGAUUCAAAC